AUGAGUGAACUUAGGUCUCUGAAUCACUCUCCGCAGCUGCUCCGCCUUCCAACGGUGAAAAUGGUGAAAGGACGUCAAGGCGAGCGUGUCAGACUGUAUGUUAGAGGAACGGUUCUCGGUUACAAGAGGUCGAAGUCGAAUCAGUAUCCGAACACCUCACUGAUUCAGAUCGAAGGAGUGAACACCCAGGAGGAAGUGGCAUGGUACCUGGGAAAGCGCAUGGCCUACGUCUACAAGGCUAAGACCAAGAAGGGCGGCUCUCACUACCGCUGCAUCUGGGGAAAGGUCUGCAGGCCUCACGGCAACAGUGGCGUCGUCAGAGCUAAGUUCAAGUCCAACCUCCCACCCAAAUCCAUGGGUAACAAGGUUAGAGUUUUCAUGUACCCAAGCAACAUCACUGAUUCAAUGUCGGUGAUGAAGACAUCCGGCCGGUUGUUCACGAUCGGGCUGGUGGGAGCGUGGUAUUCGUCCAACAUUGGGGUUUUGCUGCUGAACAAGUACUUGCUGAGCAGUUACGGGUUUAAAUACCCGAUCUUUCUCACCAUGUGCCACAUGACGGCUUGCUCGCUGCUCAGCUACAUCGCCAUUGCGUGGAUGAAGAUGGUUCCACUGCAGACGAUAAGAUCUAGGGUUCAAUUCCUCAAGAUCGCGGCUUUAAGUCUCGUCUUUUGCACCUCCGUAGUCAGCGGCAACAUCUCCCUCCGUUACUUGCCGGUUUCGUUCAACCAGGCGAUUGGCGCCACCACGCCUUUCUUCACUGCCGUCUUUGCCUAUUUGAUGACUCUGAAGAGAGAGGCUUGGCUCACUUAUGCAACUCUUAUCCCUGUUGUCACCGGAGUUGUCAUCGCCAGCGGGGGUGAGCCAAGCUUCCAUUUAUUUGGGUUCAUUGUUUGUAUCGGUGCCACAGCUGCCAGGGCACUCAAGUCAGUGCUUCAAGGGAUCUUGCUUUCUUCUGAAGGGGAGAAGCUGAAUUCCAUGAACCUUCUGCUCUACAUGGCUCCUCUAGCUGUUGUACUUCUGUUACCAGCGACUAUAAUUAUGGAAGAGAACGUCGUUGGUAUCACAUUGGCACUUGCAAGAAAUGAUAUGAAUAUUGUCUGGUUACUACUAUUCAAUUCUGCACUUGCUUAUUUUGUAAAUUUGACCAAUUUUUUGGUCACAAAACACACCAGUGCGCUAACACUUCAGGUUCUGGGGAAUGCUAAAGGAGCUGUAGCCGUGGUUGUAUCCAUACUAAUAUUUAGAAAUCCAGUCUCCGUUACAGGGAUGCUAGGCUAUUCCCUGACAGUUUUCGGUGUUGUUCUUUAUAGUGAAGCUAAGAAACGUAGUAGAUGAAAGAAAAGUUAACGAGGAAAGGAAUCAACAAAGGGUUCUGUUAAUUUUGUCGCUCAAGGACAUUGGGAGCAAGCUUCAACAGCUAGUUGCAUCUCAUGGCUGCCUCAGAUUCUGCCCUCAUUUUAAUUUUUUCGCCCCGGAACCUGUACAAGGGAUUCCAUCUUGUAUCAAUCUGUAACCAGAUUAGCCAGAACAGGAAUUCUCAAUAAGCUACUUUUAAUCUCUCCAUUCUUCCCAGCAUCAUGGGACUAUGAAAGAAAGAUAGGUUUUUUUUUUUUUUUUUUUUUUUUCAGAAAAUACUGUAGCAUUCAGUCUAUACAGCAUGGUAUAACUUGUUCCAUAUUUUAUUAACAAUAGAAAAGACUUAUCAA